GGCUUCACUCCAGCUUGGGAUCUGCCGCUGCGGCUGCCACCACAGCUACCUCCUCCUGCUGCAAGAGACAAGUUCGGUGGGGCUUCUCCACUGAAAUACAAUGUUUGACGGCUCCCUCCUACCUCUUCUUUCAUUUCCUUUGCUGCUGCUGUUGUUUGGGGAAUUGGACACAAGCGCAGCAGUUGGAAGCGUCGCCACUGCUGAGUUGGAAGUGGUGCUCCCUCAGCGGGUGCGUCCGGAGGACAUCCACCUGCUGCCACUGCCAACCCGGGAGGUGGGAGCCGGUGGCCAAGGCUCACUGCGGCGGCGGCGGCGGCAGCAGCCCCACUCAGCCGCCUCUGCAGAGCAGUCCUCCGGCUUGGGAAAGCGUGGCUUUCUCUUACACUUGCCGGCCUUCGGGAGAGACCUCUACUUGCAGCUGCGGCGGGACCUGCGCUUCCUUUCCCGGGGCUUCGUUGUGGAGGAGCACGGGGCAACCGGGAGUCGGAUCCCAGAGGCUGAGCUCUGCUUUUACACGGGUCACGUAUUGGGUUAUAAUGACUCCUUUGCUUCAGUCAGCACCUGCGGUGGAUUGAUUGGGUAUAUCCAGAUUGGAAGAGAACAGAUGCUAAUUCAACCAGUAAAUAAUUCCCAGGGCUCAUUCAGUGGAAGAGAACAUUUGGUCAGGCGGAAAAGAUCCUCAAACUCUGGUGAUUCUUCUAAAUCAUGGAUAACUGAGGAACUCUGCAAAGUUAUAACAGAAAAGAAGAAAGCAAAAAAGAGCAAAACUACUAGUGAUUGGAGAGAGCGAAGGAAUGCCAUUAGACUCAACAAUGAGUAUACUGUGGAAACAUUGGUUGUGGCUGAUGCUGAUAUGGUUCGAUAUCAUGGUGCUGAAGCUGCACAGAGAUUCAUCCUCACUGUGAUGAACAUGGUAUACAACAUGUUUCAGCACCACAGCCUAGGAAUUAAAGUUAAUAUUCAAGUCACCAAGCUUGUACUUCUUCGAAACCGCCCUGCUAAGUUGUCCAUUGGACACCAUGGAGAAAGAUCCUUAGAGAGUUUCUGUCACUGGCAAAAUGAGGAAUAUGGAGGAGCAAAGUAUCUUGGUAAUAACCAAGUUCCUGGUGGAAAGGAUGACAUCCCCCCAGUGGAUGCUGCUGUUUUUGUAACUAGGACAGACUUCUGUGUACACAAAGAUGAACCAUGUGACACUGUGGGAAUUGCUUAUUUGGGAGGUGUAUGCAGUGCUAAGAGGAAAUGUGUGCUUGCAGAAGACAAUGGUCUCAAUCUGGCAUUUACAAUUGCUCAUGAGCUGGGCCACAACAUGGGAAUGAGCCAUGAUGAUGACCAUUUGUCCUGUGCAGGGAGAUCUCAUAUAAUGUCUGGAGAAUGGGUCAAAGGCAGGAACCCCAGUGACCUCUCAUGGUCUUCCUGCAGCCGAGACGAUCUUGAAAAUUUCCUAAAGUCAAAAGUCAGUAUGUGUUUGCUGGUAACAGAUCCCAGAAGUCAGUAUGCUGUACGACUUCCUCACAAACUCCCUGGCAUGCACUACAGUGCUGAGGAACAGUGCCAGAUCCUCUUUGGAACCAAUGCAACUUUCUGUAAGAACAUGGAGCAUUUGAUGUGUGCGGGGCUAUGGUGUCUUGUGGAAGGGGAUACAUCUUGCAAAACUAAGCUGGAUCCUCCCCUGGAUGGCACUGAAUGUGGAGCAGAUAAGUGGUGUCGAGCUGGGGAGUGUGUCAGUAAAACUCCCAUCCCAGAGCAUGUGGAUGGGGACUGGAGUACAUGGAGUCCUUGGAGCAUGUGCAGUAGGACAUGUGGGACAGGAGCCCGAUUCAGACAAAGGAAAUGUGACAAUCCCCCCCCUGGGCCAGGAGGCACAAAUUGUUGGGGAGCAAGUGUGGAGCAUACUGUUUGUGAAAACUUACCCUGUCCUAAGGGAGUACCUAGCUUCAGGGAUCAACAGUGUCAGUCCCACGACCGAUACAGCUACAAGAAGAAAGGCCCUUUGACAUCUGUCAUUAUUGAUGAUAAACCUUGUGAGCUCUACUGCUCUCCUCUGGGAAAGGAGUCUCCUGUGCUGAUAGCAGACAGGGUCCUUGAUGGCACACCUUGUGGGCCCUAUGAGAAUGACCUCUGUGUACAUGGCAGAUGCCAGAAAAUUGGCUGUGAUGGGAUUAUUGGAUCAGCUGCCAAAGAAGAUCGCUGUGGAAUAUGUAAUGGAGAUGGAAAAACCUGCAAGGUUGUGAAGGGAGAUUUCAACCAUACCAAAGGAAUGGUCACCAAUAAUAUUUGUAAGAAGGUGUCCACGUGUGUGAUGACAAAGGCAAAGGCUGUUCCCAAGUGUUUUUCAUGCUAUAUUGAAGCUGCUGUAAUUCCUGCUGGAGCCCGUCGGAUCCGAGUGGUUGAAGACAAACCUGCCCAUAGUUUUCUUGCUCUCAGAGACUCCAGUAAGAAAUCCAUAAACAGUGACUGGAAGAUUGAGCUUCCUGGUGAAUUUCAGAUUGCAGGCACUACUGUCCGCUAUGUCAGAAGGGGUCUGUGGGAGAAAAUAUCUGCCAAGGGACCAACUAAAAUACCACUACACCUGAUGGUUUUGCUAUUUCAUGAUCAAAAUUAUGGGAUUCAUUAUGAAUAUACCGUUCCUGUAAACUAUACUGCAGAAAUUCAGAGUGAACCUGAAAAGCUACAGGAUUCUUUAUACAUCUGGACUCAUAGCGGUUGGGAAGGAUGCAGUGUGCAGUGUGGCGGAGGAGAACGCAAAACAAUUGUGUCUUGCACUAAAAUUAUUAAUAAGACCAUGACUCUGGUGAAUGACAGUGACUGUCAGCAUGUGAGUCGCCCAGAACCCCAGGUCCGGAGAUGCAAUUUACAUCCAUGCCAGUCAAGGUGGAUGACAGGGCACUGGAGUCCCUGCUCAGCAACCUGCGAGAAGGGAAUUCAGCACCGGGAGGUGACUUGUGUUUAUCAGUUGCAGAAUGGUACCUAUGUUAACACCCGUGAUCUUUAUUGCCUCAGCCACAAACCAACAACAGUUCAAAGUUGUGAAGGCCGUGACUGCCUUUCUAUCUGGGAGGCAUCAGAGUGGUCAAAGUGUUCUGCUGACUGCGGAAUAGGAACACAAAGGAGAACAGUGACAUGCACCAACUCUCAAGGAAAAUGCGAUCGAACCACAAGGCCAAAAGCAGAGGAAGAAUGUGAAGAUUACACAGGCUGCUAUGAAUGGAAAACAGGGGACUGGUCUAAGUGCUCGUCCACAUGCGGAAAAGGUCUACAAUCUCGGGUAGUGCAGUGUAUGCACAAAGUUACUGGGCGCCAUGGCAACGAGUGCCCCAUCCUCUCCAAGCCAGCAGCCUACAGACAGUGUCACCAAGAAGUCUGUAAUGAGAAGAUCAAUGUCAACACCAUCACAUCCCCACGACUGGCUGCUCUGACAUACAAGUGCACCGGGGACCAAUGGACAGUGUACUGCAGGGUAAUCCGGGAGAAGAACCUAUGCCAGGACAUGAGAUGGUAUCAGCGCUGCUGCCAGACGUGCAGGGACUUUUAUGCCAACAAGAUGCAGCAGAAGAGUUAAUGACACUGCUCUCCUGCCUAGACUGAACAUUGCCAGCCAGUUAUGGAAUUCACGGACUUGUAGGUCUGAGUUCUGGAACUUAACAAUGACAGAGGGAGUGGUGGAUUCCAAAGCAUAUAUGAUUAAGGCGAAAGUAAUUUCAUAGAUUGGAUGUACCAAAGCUAUCUAUCCAUCCCUCAUGCAUAUGAUACAGUCAUCUCAACAGUUAUCACACAAAAUUUAAUUGUGGAUUUGGCUUCAUAUUUGUCAUUAAUGAUUUUUACUUAAUAUAUUAUUAAUAGCCACUGGAUGGCUUUCUACAGUAGGGGAAAAAAGACAAAAAGUCACAAAGUAAUUAUAGUCUCUAAGGUUUUAUGUACCUCUGAGGGAAAAAAAAACCUCUGGCCAACAAUUUUAUAAAGGUAGAGACAUUAGUUAGCACUUGAGUCUUGGCUUCCUCUGGUAUUAUGAAUUCCCAGUGGUUAAUAUGCCAGGGGAGGGGUGGAAGAAGAGGGAAUCAUGUAAAUGAAAUGCUUAAUUUAAAAAGGAGUCUUGCUGUUAAAAAAAAAGAAAAAAAAACCUGUGAAAAUCGAUGGCAGAGGAUAUGUGAGUGAAAAAGUAGUGCAACAGAAUCUUAGGCUUCCUUAUAAUUUAAAUUUUUAAAUACAGAAGAUUCAGGACUUUGCUAUACUGCCCACAUCUAAGAAUAUAAUCUCUUUUAAAAUUUUUUAUUUCGUUUUUGCUGUCUUGCCUCUGCAAGUCCUUAAGUUCCUAUAACCUGAUAAAUAAUAGCAGGAGGACAUUCAUUCAGCAAAAUCACUUUCUUUGGGGAAGAAUACCCUGAGAAGUGAUGAGUUCUGAGCAUUUUGAGUUGUUCUGAUCUCUACUUGCCACCUCUUAGGGGAAAAAAUGCUGUAGUAAAAACAGAACGAUAUUUCUUCAGGGUACUGUGAAAUUAAUGUAAUUGGUACAUAUCAUGCAAGUGAGCUCAGAACAACUUUGGCAGAGGUAUAAAGAUGAAUUAUUGAUCCAUCGGUCUUUCUGUUCUCCGAUUUCUGCAAGCUUGUCCUUCAUAAAAAAAUUUUUCUAAUACAUAUACAUCAUAUCACACUUACACUAUAUUUGAAUAGUUCAUAUUACUCAGUAGUGACAGAAUACAUCUAUUUUCAGAGCCACCAAAAAGUGCUUUUUAAAUAACAUUAUAUCUUUGUAUGUCUAAAAAUAGAAACUGAAACUGAAUCUAUAGGACUUGCAACAUAAGUCCAGAUACAGAAUUCUGGCUGUUUUCACUAUGGAUUUUGCUAAUGUCCUUUGCAUAUGAUCUACUUGCACAAAGCAAUAAGCAGAAUUAAAUCAUUUAUAACACAUAGCAAAGCUAGUUUUUAGAGUGGUUUCAAACCUUCACUCUGGUCUGGGCCCUAUAUUAUAAUAUUAUUGUUAUUAUUAUUAUUAUCUGCUAUUUAUAUGUGACAUUGGUGAAAGGCUCUUAAUUGAAAAAAAAAAAAAAAAAAAAUCAAGACUUUUAUCCUUAUCUGAGUGAGAGCCUACCAAUAUCCAGAAGCACAGGGAAAUGAUUAGUUAACACUUUAAGGGCAUCUGUGAAACCAGCCUGUACACACAAACUGGAAACUAUUUUCCAACCCUGCCUCAGUAAGGCAAUGCUAGUUACAAGUUGCAAUGCAGGGGGUCCUUGGUAUCUGUAGCUGUCCCAGAAACAACGCAUAUUUUGCUCACAGAUUCGUGAGUAUUUCAUUGGUGCUUAUAUUUGAAAAUUUUACCUUUUCCUACCUUAAAUAAGACAGAUGAUCUUACUUAGGUCUAAUUCCUAAGUAGUCAUCACAGUGAUUUUGCCACAAGAAUUAUUACUGAUUUAAUGGUGCUCCAUUUGUUGUUUUUUUUCUUUCUGAUGUAACUUCAAUUUUUUUUUAAUGUGCUAUUGUACUUCAGAAGAGGGAAAACAUCUCUCUACCUUCCCCCACCUCUUGUGGGGUAUUUUUGUUUUGUGUGUGAAUGAGUGUGUUGAGGGUGGGGGGUUUGUUUUGCAGGGGUUGGGGAAUUUUUUUGUUUUGGUUUGAUUUGGUUUGUUUUUGAUACCAUAGAUACGAAGAAGUACUAGGGAAGUCUGAGAAUGAAUUCAUUUCCACUUUUAUAAACAAAGAUAUUUUGCAUCCAUUAUAGUUGCUUUAUGGAAAAAAAUACAUUAGAAAAUAUGUCAAGACAUGAUAAUCAUUAGUAUAAAACACCAACAUUUGCCUUGACACCUCUUUGAAAAACAUUUUGUUCUUUCACUGUUCAAGGUAAAGCUAUAAUAUUUUUAUUGCCUUCUCCUUACCCCUACUUCCAGGUCUUUAUUUCCACAAAAUAUCCAAUUAAAUUCUGGAAAAAGUUGGGUCUUGAUUUUUAUCCCUUGCUCUUCUCUGGUGUUCCAUUUGUUCACAUAAAAAUAAAUAUAGAAACUUUGUUUUAUUUCACAACUAAGCAAUAAUACUAAAUUAACUACUUGAAGGUGAGGGGCAGAAAUCUUACUGUAUGAAGCCAAGUUUUCUAAGAGUUACUAAAAGCUAAACCCAGAAGCAUUUCUGGUUGGCCUACGCAUUCAGCUUUGGCCAAUAAAAGCAAGGCAGUGCCACUGAUGUGCCCAUGUAGAAAAGCAAGAAAACCACUUAAGCAACACUCUGAAAAUUGGCUUCUAAUUUUUUUUCAUAGCUGCCCUGCCAAAGCCAAUUUCAUACCACUCUACAAAAUACCAACAAACUAUGAAUGCAAAUGUCUGAUUUUAUUAAAUUCUCCAUUAUUUUUGCCUUAUUGUUUCCUAGGAGUUUUAAUUAAACCAGAAAAUGCCACCUAAUUUGCCCUCUCUUCAUUUACUUCAUAGCAAUUCAGAAAAAAAAUCAUUUCAUUGUAGCUAUUCUGAUACUUUGGAGGUUUGCUUUCUUCCUUAGAAACUGAUGUUCUGUGAUUACAACAGUGCUAUUUCCAUAUUGUAAACAAUACUCCAUACUGUUACUAAAGUACUGUACAUUUUUAGUUGCACAGAUGUGUUCUGAGUAUAAAAUCUCACUAUCUUACAUAAUGGUGCUAUUUUUAUUGGUGAAAAAAAUCCUAGCAGUUGGUUAUUGCUUGAUAUUUUAUUAUAAUACAGGGAAUAUAACCUCAAUGGCAAUAAUAUCAUUUAAUUUUUCAUUACAGAGUCAAAUGUAUAUUUUUUUCAUUAGUUAACUUACAUUAUGUACUGUAUCAGUGGUAUUUUUACUUUGCUUUUUUGGUGCUGGUUUUGAAAACACAGAAGUCAAACAGAUUGGAAACAGUUGUAAAUGAAAAAAAAAAUCAUUCCAUUUUGAAGCAGACUGAAUGUUCAA